AUGUCAGGUCCCCAGAUAGAGGAUGACUUUCAGUUGUUCUCUCCGCAACACUCGGGAGGGGACGAAGCACGAGGAUAUGGUCAGAUGUUCGCAGAUCCAACUGGAGAAAAUGUGAACCAAGAUUGGACUCAGUGGAUGCGAUGGGACGAGCCCGUAUUUGCUGAGGGAGAUCAAAAGCCGAUGACUUCUUCAUCUUCAGAUCUACCAACCAUCUCUCCGCAUACCGAAAUGAGCUCGCCAACCCAUUUGAACCACCAAGACUUUUCACCUAAUCUCCCACUUGGCUUGAUGGAAAUUCCAUAUGACGCCAAUGCGAGAAACAGCAUCAGCGUGGGCCAAAAUGGCUUUCCCGAUCCGAAUUGGCCCCAAACCCAGCCGCAGAACUUCGGCUUGGUGUCUCCGAUUUCGAGUGUUGGGACCAACCGAAAGCGUAAGACUGGCAGCGAUGACGAUGUCACCACCGUGACUGGACCAGUGCAACCUGGCAAGAAGAUGCCAGCCAAGAAGCGAGCUCACAACGUCAUUGAAAAACGGUAUCGAGCUAACUUGAACGAUAAGAUUGCGGAACUUCGCGACAGUGUCCCCAGUCUCCGACCAACCAAGAACUCAAACGGAGGAUCCCCCGAUGAGGAUGAGCAGGGGGAUGGAGCAAAUGCCGCAAGCAAGCUGAACAAAGCAUCGAUUUUAUCAAAGGCCACAGAGUAUAUCAAGCAUUUGGAAACUCGCAACAAACGUUUGGAAGACGAAAACACUGCUCUGAAGAACCGUCUGCGCCAGGCUGACAAAGCAGCGGAUCAAGCCGUCACAUCAUCUGCUUCUGUUUCGUCCCCUAGCAAUUAUGCCUCGACAGAUGCAGGUUCCGGCGCAUCGCCCAACAGUGUAUUCUCGCAGGCUGAAGAAAUUUCCAGCGAGGGUUCAUCUGCUUCUCAGAACCCCCCAGAAGGCCUCCUCCAGGUCCCAGACGCAUGGAAGCGCAUGCGAGCCCAGACUGCGCAACAAGGAGUCUUCGCCGAGUCCUACAUCAAAUAUCCAUCUUCAUCGUCCUCGCCCCACCAACCACAGUACGCAAGGAAAGAGACAUCAACUCGACGAUCAAGGAUGCCGAACAAGUAUAUGAUAGGCGCACUAGCCGGUCUCAUGGUUCUCGAGGGAAUGGGUUCCGACGACUCUGAGACCGAGUCCAAGGGCCUCUUCGCACUCCCUCUCCGUAUUCUUGGCCGUUUACAGACACCUCCAAUGGCACACUGGGAAUACUACCUGAAGCAAUUCUGGUACUCAUGGCAGGCGCGCGCUUUCUCUCAUUUCCUGGUUCUCGCAACGCUGGUCGUGGGCAGUGCCUUUUUUGUCUUUCUCUACCUGUUUAAUGCCCAGCCCAUCACACGUCGCGGUCCAUCCAAGUCGGUUUCUGAUGGCCCGCCUGCGCCUCUUACGUCUAGUGACUUCCGUCGACAGGCUUGGUUGACCAGCAUGCAACGGGCUGGUGUUCCACGUCAUCGGUUCUUCCGAGAGUGGUAUGUCGUCACUUCAAGAUGCUUUGAAUAUGUUUUGCGAUGUGUCAUGGGUUGGAAGAUCUACUCAUGGGCGACUGGUAUCACUGAGGAAGAUGAGAGAGGGCGUGUCAAGACCUGGGAUAUCGCUAUUGACGCCCAACUUACGGGAGGAGAUGCUGAGAUCAGCAAAAGUCGUCUUGUGCUCACUAUCUUUGCUGCGGGCACGUUACCCUCGACACCCACAAGAAUGAUUAUCAAAGCUUUGCAUGUCCGAAUUCUCUUGUGGAACGUUGGAGAAGUAGGCUCCUGGUCUUUCUACAUGUCCAACGAUAUUGCCCGAGCUCUUGCCAGGUUCCAAUGGGGCGUGGCUCGUGAAAUCAACAAGUCACUUCCCGAGGGCCAUCCCGAUCAACUUCCCCCUCAUCUUGACGCCUUGCUUAAUUUCGACUGUGAUGAUGUCAUGAUCGAUAAUAUCAUACAACGCGCUGUGAAUCUCACCUGGAACCGACCAACCCAAGAAGGCACGGGCGAUGAUGAGGUGCUACUCGAUGUUGUCGAUGAGGAUCCGGCCAUCCAGUGCUCUCAGGAUGCACUGGCUGCCUGGUGGUCUAGCCAUCUCCUGCAGACCGCUCUUCUCAAUUACUUUGAGGCCAGCGAAAAGGGACCUGUAUCCAGGGCAAGCCGUGAUGCUUUCAAGGAAAAGAUCCGCAUCUCUCUCGAGGUCGCACCUCGAUUAUCCGCCGCGUAUACCCGAGCGCUUGUAAUGAAAGCGGUGUUCUUUGAACAGAACCGCAUUGAGAAUGUGAACACCGUCCUUGCUACCCUUCCAAAGGAGAAGAGAAAGGGAAGCCAAACCCACGCUUCCAACUUCCUCGACUCCUCCCUCCCUGUUUCUGUGCGCGAUGAGAUUUCCAUUGCCGUGCGCUGCGCUAUGAUAGCCGCUAUUGUCACCGCACGAUCCACCGGCGGAGAUGCCUCGGCACUGCCAGAAUCCUUCACCAUCCAAAAGGCCAUCACUUGGUUCAACCAACUUCCCAUUGAUCCCGUCGAGCUGUCUCUUCUUGGCUUCUCCUCUGUCUACCAUCUUCUCCAUCUUCUUGCCUCCGACGUGGACUAUAUCGCGUCAUCCGAUUCAUCCUCUCCCUCCGCCCCCGCCUCCGAGGCUACCUCCUCAGCAGAUGAUGAAGCUGAAGAAAAGCCUCGCACACCCCGCAAAAUCUCUAUCUGUCCCAGCGACAUCCCGAAUCUCGGGCGAGUAUCUGCAGAGCUCGUCUACUGGGCUCGGAACGCUUACAACCCGGCAUUCUAUGGCUUUUCGUCCACGCUUGUGGAAGUGAUUGUAAAUUCCUGCACGGCAAUAUGUCAGAAUGCAGGACUGGACAUUGAUGAAUUUGUCCACACCCCACCCGACAAGACUCGGUCUAAGAAGCGGCGAUCCCACCGGCGCAGGGAAGAGUCUCAGUCAUCUCAAAGCGACGCCGAUCAAGAUCUGCUCGACUGCCCUGUUGAGCGGCGGACACUCCGUCGCGAGCGAUCUGCUAGCAACGACACGGGCUAUGGCAGCCUUUCCCUAGAAGAGGAUGGCAAGCCAAUUCCUCAUGCCCCUGCUAAUGUACGUGAGGUCUCUGUUUGA